AUGCUAAAAGCAACAUUAGAGCCAGUGAUCAGUAUUAUUCGUGGUGGCUGCGCGAGGGCAUGCGUCGUUACCAAAAUUCCUGAUUCAGUAAAGGCAACCUAUCUCCCCAGGAACAAAGCAUUAAUCGAUUUCCCAUCAGAAACUGGCAAAAUAUCUUCACGAGCAACACGAGUUAAUAAUCGUCGACUUGCAGUUGUUGGUUUGGAGAUGCAAAAGAAGACGAUUGACUCUGACAUUCUCAAGUUCAAUCAAUUAAAGAGCAGAAAGAAGCAAUUGAAAUUUGCAAAGUCACCUAUUCACGACUGGGGAUUGUUUGCGGAAGAGCAUAUCGAUGCAAAUGAUAUGGUUAUUGAAUAUGUAGGAGAAAUCAUUCGUCAACAAGUUGCUGAGGAAAGAGAGAAGCAAUAUGAACGAUGCGGUAUUGGCAGUAGCUAUCUAUUCAGAGUGGACGAUGAUACUGUGAUUGAUGCGACAAAAAGAGGCAAUGUUGCUCGUUUCAUUAAUCAUUGCUGUUCUCCAAACUGUAGUGCCAAGAUUAUCACAGUGGAUAAACAGAAAAAGAUUGUCAUUUACGCAAUGCGUGACAUCGAACCAGGAGAGGAAAUAACAUACGACUACAAGUUUCCAAUUGAAGCUGAAAAGAUACCCUGUUUAUGUGGCAGCAAAUUCUGCAAGGGAACGUAA